GCAGACAGCAGCAGCGGUCGGCGGAGUUUGGGGAUUUCACAGAUUGCAGUCAUUGCAGAUGAUGUAUAAUGUGUAUUAAUAUAUAAAAGCUUGCGACAGCAGCAGCAGCAGCGCACCACGACGACGACGCGCCUUUCUCAGUUAUCUCGCAUCAUUCCAGAGCAUAAUAUUAUUGUCGUCGGUGAAGCAGCAGCAGCAGCAUACAUUACACACAGGAUAUCAUGCUCGUAUAAUAAUAAAAACGAUCACCUGCGGAGCGGGUCCAUCGUUGCAUCAGCAGCAGCAGCAUUAAAAUACUUAUAAAUUUUGAUCCCGCCGAAGAGACGCGACGACGAUAAUAUUGUAUUAGUGUAUUAUCAGUAUUCACGCGUGUGUGUGUGUAAGUGUACCAGUGUGUCGAAAUAUAUAUGUGUGUGUUAUAGCAUGUGCCGAUGUCGUGGAGUGCCAUCGUACGUAUAUAAUCGAGUGCGCCUGCUUUAAUAUAUAUCACACACGUAUAUAUAAAGUAGUACGCGUGUGUGUUCUUCGUCGUGGUCGUCAUCGCCGUCAAUACAUACAUAGCGUAUAUGCUCAGUCAGUGUGUAUACAUACACACUCGGAUCGCGCGCGUGCACCACACGUUGUUAGGUAUACAUACAUACGUAUUGGAAUUACCUAUUUGAUAAGUUCUUUGGCUCUCUCUCUCUCUAUAUACUCUCGGCAAUUGGAGUCGAUUAUGCGUGCACGACCACGACACGACGGGCGACGACGACGACGUGUGUGUGCAAUAGCAGCAGCAGAUGAGAUCAUUCACCCUCGCCCCGUUACUUUUUAAUCGCACGGAAUAACAUAUAUAGAUUGAUAUAUAUAUUAUAAAAUAUAUGUGCGUUGCAGUAGCAGUAGUAAUGAUGAUGAUGACGAUGAUGCCCACUGACGAUGAUUUUGAUUCGUGAAUCAAAGACGAGAGCAGAGCAAGGACAGCAAAAUGUUGAGGGAUUCGUCGGACUUGGGGGAUGACGAGCAGAGGAGUCAGGACGCCGCCACGAGGGAGGCCAACAAGAUCUGCGGAGUCUGCGGCGACAAGGCGCUUGGCUACAAUUUCAACGCGGUCAGCUGCGAGAGCUGCAAAGCGUUCUUCAGAAGAAAUGCGUUAAAAAACAAGGACUUUCGCUGUCCGUUCACUGAAAAUUGCAAAAUCACACCUGUCACACGAAGAUUCUGCCAGAAAUGCCGCCUGGACAAAUGUUUUCUGAUUGGAAUGAGGAAGGAAUAUAUCAUGUCCGAGGAAGAUAAGGUUUUGAAGAGGUUAAAGAUUGAAGAAAACAGAGCAAAGAAGACACCCUCAAAAAAGCAUAAAGGAGAUAACAGCAUCGAUGAGUCAACGUUCGAUGAUAACUCUACCUCCAUCCCUUCGAUUCCUUCAGUCGCUUCAGCAGUGUCGGAGCCUUACUUUUGGGAUUCUGAAAAAAAGUACACCGAUCUCAAUCCCAAUAAGCAACAAACUGUUGACAGUCUUAGUCCAGUCACAGCAGCUAGUUGCCCGAGUCCCUCGAGCCCUCCAGAAAACUGUGACAUAGCUAGUAGUAAAACAUUAGAAAUGCUAAAGGAUUCCUCGAGCAAUUCAAAGAAUAAUUUCAUUAAAUAUAAUCAUUCCGAAUCUUUUAAUUCAGCUAACAUAGCUCAAUGCGCUUCUAGUCAAGGAAAUUUUGAUGUAAAUUUGUGCUCUGGAUUAGAAGGAAAUGGAUUAUGCAAUAAUGGGUCUAUGGUUCUACAAAAGCAUGAUUUCAGAGAUAUAGAACCUACUUGUCCCAAAAUAAUUAAAAUUGAUGAUCAAUGUUCAAAGUAUACAAUUUUAAAGCCAGUAGAAGAACAAAAUAUUUAUUCUAAGUAUGGAGAAUGUUCUACUAGUUCAAGAAUGCUUGAAUCUUGUUCUAAUCAAAACUCUGCGCAUGUUAUAUCACAAUUUAAUGUAGAAAAUUCAAGUGAGAGUGAGAAAUUAAGAGAAGUGAUUUCAACUGUAUCUAAUACAACUAAAGUGUCAGUAAAUCCCAUAGUUGUAUCUAAAUUAGCGAGCAAUCCAAACGUGAUAGCAAAGGUAGUACAAGAUCAAAGUGUUCUUGCAAAACUGUUUUCAGAUCCAGAAAUCAUUGCAAAAUUGAUAUCUGAUCCUCAAAUAUCCCAGUUAUUGGAAGAAGAAAAUAUUACAGUGCCAGUUGCUGAAGAAAUAAGUCACGAUAAUACUCUAAUUGCAACCAAAGCUGAUAAUAAAGAACCUUCUAAUAAUAGUCAAGAUGAUAUAAUUAAGAAAAUAUUAAAUGAUAAUCAAAGUCAGGAAAAUCCAAUUUUACAAAAUUUAAUUACUACAAAUGCAGAAGAUCCCCAGAAUUCAUCUGCAAAUGCUGGUCUUUCCAGCCAUUGGUCAAUUAAAUCUACAGAUGAGGUCACACGAGAUGUCUUGCAAGAUGUUCAAAAGUUGCCUAUAUCAGCCAAUUCUAUUGAAUCAAUAUUGUGUGAGGCCAUCAAAUUGGAGUUCUCAGCUUAUUCUGCAUUAGGAGGUAGUCACACUAACAGAGAGCUGAAUGAUUCAGAAAGAGCCAAACUAAAUGAACUGAUAGUAGCUAAUAAAGCACUACUGGCACCUCUUGACGAUGACCUUACAAAUCUUGUAGGAGAUGAUUGUAGAUUUAAGGGAAAAUCUGGACAGUCUGAUCCAAUGUUGCUAGAUGUCAUUAAUUUGACUGCAAUAGCAAUACGACGUCUUAUAAAGAUGUCAAAGAAAAUCAGUGCAUUUAAAAAUAUGUGUCAGGAGGAUCAGUUGGCUCUGUUGAAAGGUGGAUGUACUGAAAUGCUCAUACUUCGAUCAGUGAUUAAUCAUGACCCUGAUAAAGAUAUUUGGAAAAUUCCUCACAGCGAGGAAAACUUGUCAAGAAUCAAAGUUGACGUUUUGAAGGAAGCUAAGGGCAAUCUAUAUGCAGAACAUUCGAGAUUCGUUAGGACAUUCGACCCAAAAUGGAGAGACGAAAAUAUUAUUUUAAUUUUAUGCGCUAUUGCAUUAUUUUCCCCAGAACGACCGCGAGUCGUUCACAGUGACGUCAUAAAACUUGAACAAAACUCGUAUUAUUAUCUACUGAGACGAUAUUUGGAAAGCAUAUAUCCUGGUUGCGAGGCCAAGUCAACUUUCUUGAAAUUGAUUCAGAAAAUUUCUGAGCUCCACAGAUUGAAUAACGAAGUGGUUGGAGUUUAUUUGAAUGUGAAUCCUUCAAGCGUAGAACCAUUGCUGAUAGAAAUAUUCGAUUUGAAGCAUUAGGAUAAUGUGGAUAACCAUUCUCGUUGUACAUCACAAUGAGAAUGGAUCUAUCGUGUAUUUUUUUUAUCACGAAGCAGCUCUCAGUGAUAUUUUAGUAUAUAAUAACAUCAUUUUAAUCUUCUUAGAACUUAUAUUUACAUCGAGCAAGUUAUUACUUUUUUUAGAGAUUUAUCACAAAGAAAUGUUUUUUUCUUAUAGUUUAUAUUUAAAUUUUCGAGCAAAAAAACUAUUAUGCUUUCCAUUUCUCUAAGCAAAGUGUCACUUUUGACCAAUUUUGCAAUUUUGUAAAAUAGUGUAUAGAUGCUUCUUUACCUGAAUGGAUUCUCUCCUAGGCGAACGCUUAGAGAGUUUGCACUUUAACAUUGUUGAUAUUAGUAUUAAAAGUUUAUAAAUCUACCAGUUAGCUAAGUCACCUAAUUUACGACUUCAUAUUAUGAAGAAAUAAUAUUUAUAGAUUAAAUAAGUUUUGACAAUUGUUAAAUGGUUAAGUAUUUUAAUAUUGAAAAUCUGCCACGUUUAAGAUAAGCUUUUCAAUCGUGAAAAUCAAACAUACCUGCAUACUUCUAUAUAAAAUCAAUCUGAAUUCCAAAUCUUUAUUUGCACUACACAAAGAGCGAGGAAAGGUAUGUGGGGCGUGACCUGUAGGAAAAUUGUACAUACAAUAUACAUGUUAUAAAAUCAGAAUAUAUUCUUUUUCAUAAAAA